AUGCUGCCUCCCCGCGCAUACAUAUUCUUUGGCUUGAACGCUGUCCGCGCUCUUAGCAUUGUCUCCCUCCUGCUUGUCUUCGCAAGCAGCAUCUUUGUUAUCAACAAAGAUGUACGAGCAUUCCACGACUUCCAAGCCUCGGCAAACAGCACCAGCUACCAAGAUUGCGAUUAUGUCCCUAAUAGCGACGUCCCCAACCAAGCAGCUGGGAUAUUCUGGGCAGUCAUCAACCGCAUCCUCAUCAUCUUCGAGGUCAUCGCACUCAUCCUCUCCGAGGUCGGCUGGCCCUACACCUUCUUCGACCGCUGGUUCCCCGUCCUCGGCAGCAACUUCGGCCUCGGCCCCCUAGGUAUCUUCCAGUGCCUCAUCGGCGCCACGAUCCUCUCGCACCACGUCGACGACUUCACGCUCGUCGCCGCCUUCUUCCUCUUCGCGCUCGGCUGCACCAACAUGUUCCUCGGCCUCAUCUUCCGCGAGCGGGCGAGGGAGCGCCGCUGCAUCUUCGCGUGGCGUGAGCGGGCGAAGGAUGUCCUCCCCACGAGCAAGCUGGGGCCUCUCCAAGCGCCAGCGGAGAAGUUCGUCGACGACGUCUUCAGCGGGAACUGGAAGGUCGGCGCCACCGAAUUCGGGAGGAAGAAGGCAGGCUUUGGCUUUGGAAGGCAGGGUGAGAAGCAAGCUGGGCUAAAGGGCUUCCUCAUCUCGAAGCCACUGGAGACGCUUCCUCGUUAC